CGAGGAACGAGGAGGAGGACGAGGAGGUGGAGGACGAAGAGGGGAAAGGGGGGAGCGAACGGCGGCAGCGAGCGUGCCCCCGGGCCCCCCGAGCGGCCCCCUUUGGCGCGCCUCCGGCGAGCCUCCUCUCGUGCGGCGCCGGCGAGUCUUUCGAGCCACUCUCGCGGCAGACGGGCUGAGGGGAGAGCAUCCAUUCUCCUCCGAUCGGCGCAACUCCUUUUCGCGGCGCGGGCCCAAGCGACCUCGACCCCAGGAGCCAACUUUCAGUGGAUCCUCGCUCACUGCCCCCAGCCUCUGCCGCUCGGCUGCGGGGCAGAAGCCGCCACGAGCCAGAGGGGGCCCUCCCGACGGGCGACGAGCCCUCUGCGAGGCCAGGGCGGAUACGGCAGUCGACCGCGGACCCCCUUGCUUCGGAAGAAGAGCGACCUGCAACCAGCGAUGACGGGAGGACCUAACACUUCUGCGGGUGAGAACGAUUCUCUCACUGCAAAUCUACGGCGCGGCAUGAAAUACGGCACGGCCGAACCUCGAAAGCAACGUGCACGACGCGGUAGAAGACACGAGGGGCUGGAGGACGAGCUGAGGCAGGAGGCAGCUUCAAACAGAGGAGGCGAAAGAGAGAGAGAGAGAGAGGGUGCAGCAGAAACGAUCGCAAGCAAGCCGCGCUUUGGACCGCUCGAAUCGCGGAAGACUAAAAUCCGGCCCGCGGCUCCAGCGUCCAGCGAGGGGACCCCGCGCUCGCACGGAGCCGUCGACCACUUAAUUCGGAUCACUCGGGGAUGGACAGACCCCCCUUUAG